AUGCGCGGACGAUAUUUCCUUCCUCACCUUGAACAGAACAUCGACUUAUAUUUUCGGAGUGGCGUCGAACACGGUCAUACGGUCAUUUGUGCGGUGGUCUUGCUUCACGCUACUGACUUACGUGUAGAAAUUGCGGCGGUUGAGCUCGGUGAUCACGAGCAUUCAAGUUCACAACUCCAUUUCACUCACCUCAGUGCCAUCAUCUCACGCUCUGUGCCAGAUAACCGCACCAUCUCAUGCUUGCGCGCCGUGGCAAGUUCACUUCUCCUGGACAUUGCGCGCGAAGUAGCAUUUGGCCGGGACAGCUCUCACGAAGGCGAGAAUCGACCUCCUCCUUGCUGCGUAUAA